ACGAUGAGCAGAAAAAAUGAAACCGAACGGCAGAAGCAGAUACAGGAAAAGUGUCAAAUGCUGCUAACGAAGAUGCUGCGGGACGAUGACAACAAGUACUGUGUGGACUGUGAUGCGAAAGGGCCACGCUGGGCGUCAUGGAAUUUGGGCGUUUUCCUUUGCAUACGCUGUGCCGGCAUACAUCGUAAUUUGGGCGUGCACAUUAGCCGGGUAAAGUCGGUUAAUCUGGACAGCUGGACACCGGAGCAGGUGGUAUCACUCGAACAGAUGGGCAACUCACGGGCCCGCGCCGUAUACGAAGCGAUGAUACCUGACGGUUUCCGGCGCCCUCAAACCGAUUCCGCACUCGAGAGCUUCAUCCGCGCCAAAUACGAGCACAAGAAGUAUCUUGCCCGCGAAUGGGUACCACCGCCCGCACCGAAAGUCGACUGGGACCGUGAAAUCGAUGAAGAGAUCGAACGGCAAAAGCGCAAGAAAAAAGCCUCCUCAUCCGGGACCGGUGGACUCGGCACGGUCAGUGGGUCCCUUUCGCUUUCCUCACCCGCCGACAAGAAAGUGCACGGUUCGGCCGGAGCAUCACCAUCGUCCGCCGGCACAUUAUCGGGCGCCGCCGUGCCAAAGCUGAAAGCACCCGCCAGCAGUAUGAAAUCGUCCAGCCGGACAUCGGGUGUGUCGUUGAACAGUUCCACAUCCUCUGCAUCCUCGGAUCCUGGCACGCAGCUGAACAGUAGUGGAAAUGGAGCUGGUAAUACGAGCGCUGGGACGGAUCUGUUAGGACUUUCGCUUGGUGAAGGAGGAAGUACGACGAUCAGUCACAGCGGCAAACCGGCUAAUGGAGUAUCAGCUAGUACCGCCAGCAGCAAUGGGAUGGAUUUGCUCGAGCGGAAAAAUAACGAUUCGGACGAUCUGGCAAAGGUCGAAGCGGACUUUUUCAAUCAAUCCGGAACGGGUGGAAGUGGUACGGAUGCGAGUGGUAAGCUUACGAAGGACAAAAUUAUGGCUCUGUACGGAUCGGCACCAAGCACGGUACCACAGGUUGGUCCGAGUGGGUUUGGUGGGCCUGGGUUCGGUGGAUUCCAGCAAGCCGGUAGUACAUUCCCACCCGCCGCCAAUGCACCGGCCGCUGCUGUACCGUUUAAUGGUGUUGGUGGUGCAGGGAUGAUGCCAACGAACGCAUUCGGUGCAUUCCAAACGUUCCCCGGGUUGAACGGUGCUCCUGGACAGCAGUAUCCUAUGAUGGGCGGUGUGGCACCGGUUGCUGGAGGCGUUCAACCGCAGCUGGUGUACAACAAUGGUGCUCCGAACAUGAUGCCGGCUGGUGGUGGUUCCAUGUUCAACGCACAGGGUGGUGGUGUACCACCUGGAAUGGUUCCUUCUCCGUACGGUGCUCCGAUGCCACAGUAUCCAGGUGCUGCAGGGUUUCCACCGAUGGUUGGCAUUCCACCACAGCACGGACAAGCAAUGCCCGCGACAUCAGCGUUCGCCAACUUUCCCAAGACCGUCCCCCAUCAGCAGCAGCAGCAGUCGCAGCAACAGGACAAGCUAAGCAAUCAGUUCGGUACAAUGAAUCUGCGGGAUGUGUGGCAAUAGAAGAAAAGGACCUACGAGGCCGAGUAACUUAUAUCUAUUAU